AAACAGUAGGACGAACUCCUCGCGAGAGGUGAGGUUGAAGCUGUCUCCGCCAUCUUGGAGAUGGGAGACGGGCGAUGGCUGUGGUCUUUCCGCUAAUGCAAACAACAAAACGGGCACAUUAGUGACUCCCGAGUGAGGCCCUCAUCAUUCUGACUGUUGGCCAAAGCUACAGAAGGAGCGAGGGUGUCAAAGCAGAACGCGGCGACACUGAUAACAGCCUCAACUGCCUGCUGGGGCGGCAGAAGUGAAGUAACUGAGGACCGGAAGGAUGGUACAGUCCUGUUCCGCCUACGGCUGCAAGAACCGAUACGACAAGGAUAAACCCGUUUCUUUUCACAAGUUUCCUCUUACUCGACCCAGUCUCUGUAAGAAAUGGGAGGCAGCCGUCAGAAGGAAAAACUUUAAGCCCACGAAGUACAGCAGCAUCUGCUCAGAGCACUUCACCCCGGACUGCUUUAAGCGGGAGUGCAACAACAAGCUGCUGAAAGAGGAUGCUGUCCCCACGAUAUUUCUGUGCACCGAGCCGCACGACAAGAAAGAAGAUCUCCUGGAGCCGCAGGAACAGCCCCCGCCGCCUCCUUUAACGCCCCCCAUUUCCCAGGUUGAUGCCGCGAUCGGGUUGCUCAUGCCUCCUCUUCAGACCCCCGAUAACCUCUCUGUGUUCUGUGACCACAACUACACCGUGGAGGACACCAUGCACCAGCGGAAGAGGAUCCACCAGCUGGAGCAGCAAGUGGAGAAGCUCCGGAAGAAGCUCAAGACUGCCCAGCAGCGGUGCCGCAGACAGGAGAGGCAGCUGGAGAAGUUGAAGGAGGUGGUGCACUUCCAGAAGGAGAAAGACGACGUCUCCGAGAGGGGCUACGUGAUUCUCCCCAAUGACUACUUCGAGAUAGUCGAAGUCCCAGCAUGAAAAAGUGAAAUUUGUAUUGGUUUUUCAUGGGGCAAUACCACCUACCCUCUUCUACCCUAGAGAGGAAUUUCAUUUGAAAAGAGAUUACACUUGAUAACUUGUACAAAAGCAAUUCAGAAUAUUUUUUUAAAAGAAUAAAUUAGAUAUAUACUGUAAAACUGUAAAUUUUUUGUUUGUAAUUUCAGGGUUUUUACAUUUUAGCAAAAUAUUUUAAAAGUCAUAAACUAACCUCAGAGCUUCAGUGUAAGUUGGUUUCAAGAUUGGGGAAUUUUGUUUUUUAAUUCGAGUAUUUAUAGACAAGUUUCGAAGAUAAAAAGUAAAGAGAAUGAGAACAGUGCAGUAAGGAUGAUUUAAGUUUCAAGUUAAAAAAAUUUAAUUCAGUUUAUUGAGAGAACUUAGUCACGUUUUAAAUCAGAAGCAUAGGACAUAACAUCCCAGAAUAUAUAUAUGUAUAUAUAUAUAUUUACACAUUCUUAUUUGUAAAGUCAACAGAUUCGUUUAUCUGAAUCCCUAUCAGAGUUAACUUGGCGAGUUUUGCCAUUCCAUACCUAAUCAUAAUGGUUAAAUGAUGUUAAAGAAGGGAUUUUUUUAAAGAGUGGGGCCCUUCCUUUCUCCCCGCCCCCAUCCAGCAUUAUAGAAUUCGAAGUGUGUCUCCAGUGGGAGGCACACUCUCCAGCAAGCAGACUGCACGUCGUUACCAGGGAGAUGAGCAGAGGCCACUGGGGCUGACCCAGGGCUUGCCUUUCCUCUCACUGCUCUGAGAUCAGGGGCAUCCUGUCCCCACUGUAGGUGUGUGUGUGCCCGGGUCUCUGCCAGCUCUGUCGUGUGGGUAGAGCGUGACUCAUUGCAUAAGGUGGAAAUCUUGCUCUUGACGAGUUGAUUGGUCAAGGCGUCACACAAAAGACGAUUUCUUCACUUUUACCACAAGUGAGAAAUCACAUCCCAUUUACCUAAAUGAGUGAUUUGAAUCCGAAAGAAUCCUAAUAGGUAAUGCUUAUUUUACUCAAAAUUGAGACUCAAAUGCUUGCAGUUUCUGUUCAGACUGUGAGUUGUGCUCUUAACUUUGAGAAAUUUUACAUAGAUUUGAAAUGAAAACAGUUCUGAGUAAAUAAGCACUGCCGUAGGAGUUACCUACUUAGAUUUAGAAUAACUGCUCCAACUAUAAUUAUUCUGUAUUUCAGAGUGCUGCACAGACCUUUGAAGGCAGUGUUACAGAUUGGCAGUCGUCAGUCCAGGAGCGUCUUUUGUAGACCUGAUUCUCCGUGUAGCUCACUGCCAUCCUGCCAGUGCUUUGAUGCAUGGAGAUUUGAUUUUUUUUUUUUUUAUGAACCAGUAUUUCAAAAGUAGAAAAUUAUGACUACUUGAAAUUUUAUCAUCUGAUAACACUUAGAACUAACUCUAAGGAGUCAGAGGACUUUCUCUAGUUAUUCAUGGGUCUCAUCACUGGUUUUAGAAGCUACAAAAUCUCUCAAGUAGUGUGUUUUUACAUUUCAUCUCUCUAGCAAUUCCUGGAGGAUAUGUGGGUAAAUAUUUUACAAAGUAUAUAUGUGAAAACUAAACUGUCAUGGACGUAAAAGAAAACUGUGUCUGUGUGUGUGUGUGUGUGUCCCCAUGUCAUCAGAACCAGGAAUCCAACAUUAAUUGUAUAAGUGACCAUCAUAAUCAGUUAGCAUCUUAGCAUCGUGAAUUAACCUGAAGCUACUGUUUUUCGUGGGACAGACAUCCCUAAUUGGAGAGAACCGAGCAACAGCAUGUGUACCAACUAUUUGCAUUUAGAUCACUUACUAUGUUUAACCUACAGAAUUUGAAGUACAGGUGCUUAUUUCUGAAUUUGAAAUGUAACGUUUGUUAAAAUGUUUUAAAAACUCAUUUUGUCUGUUGUAGUGUUUAUGACAUUGCCAAGAGAAGGAGAACAUUCAGGCUAAAACAGGUCCUGUCCAAUCACAGUGAAACACAGUCUGAAACAGCUGGGCAAGGUCUCUGUCUGGAAUGAGUCGGGAGGAGACCCCUGUGAGUUUCAUCAUAGUGUGAAAGAUGAUAUUUACUUUAAGCACAGAUAGUAACAUCCUGAAGGUUCCCUCUGUGAAUGAUACAAUCUGGCAGUAAUAGGAGAAAUAACUUCUUCCUGAUUAGAGCUGCUAGGAAAACUGUAGAAUGUUAGAGUUAGAAGGGAGCUAGAAGUGACUGACCACUUGCGUCACCUCCAAACCCUGCGGAAUCCCCUUGUGAAAUAUCCCUGACAACUGGUCAUCUGUUCUCUGUGUACCAUUGAUGUGUAAGCAGUGCUGUUUAGAUGCUCUGAAAUGAGUUCCUGGAAUAGAGUAGCAUUUGUUGCCACUUUUAAAAAAUACUUGUUUUUAAUGCAACUAUAAACUUCACUUUGAACUACUGCAUAGUUUGAACUAUCAAAUUCCAAAUUAAAGAAGUUUUAAAAUUUUGUAAAAUAAUUUAAAUGUUUAUUGUGUGCCUGCUACAUGUACUAAAAAUAAUUCUGUCAUUGCAGUUAAGAAACAGUGGUGUCUAAAGUUAACUAGCAAAACUUUUUACUUGGAAACCUAAAUACAUGAGAUUUUCUCUUUUAACUAUAA